CGAGGGGCCGGGGAGCGCAUCCCGCCCCCGCCCCCACCCACGCCGCCACCGCCGCCACCACCGUUGCCACUGCUCACUCACUCCGAGUCCCUGGCCUCGCUGCCUGAGGUGGGGGCGCUGCGGGCGCGUGUGCGCCGGCCGCCUUCCCGUUGCCGCCCGCGUUCUUGCCGUCCGGGCAUACGUCGACGCGCGCCUGCAUCCGGCUCCGGACGCUUGCGAUUUUAGUGGGACCUAACUUGGAGGCCUAUGGUGCAAGUAUCAGGAUUACUUUUGCCCCCAAGGCUAAUUGCAGAUCUCCUCAUGUUGAACUAUGGGAUUCCACAGAGAAUGAGACUCUCAUCCUUUUUCCAUCAGUGAGCCACUCUUCCCAGCUUUCUCCCACCAUCCACUGACCUCAUGUCUACCAUACUCCUGAAUUUGGACUUUGGGGAACCUUCGAAAAAGGCAUUUGGAGGAAAUGCCAAACAUCAACGUUUUGUCAAGAAGCGAAGGUUCUUGGAACAGAAAGGAUUUCUGAGUAAAAAGAACCAACCCCCUAGCAAGGUGUCUAAAUUAAACUCAGAACCUCCAAAGAAAGGGGAAACUUCAAGAGUAGAUAGCAUUUCGAAGAUCCUUUCAUGCCUAAAGAAGAAGAAAGAGGCAGCUGCCUCCAAGAGGGACUCAGAACAGUCCAAAGACAAGAAAGCAUCAUUGUCAUGGCUGACCCCUGCUCCUUCAAAGAAGACUGAUUCUGUUGUGGCUAAAAUAGAUUUGCUUGGGGAGUUUCAGAGUGCCCUUCCAAAGCCUAAGAGACGCACCCAGAAGAAGGGCUCUAAGAAGCCCUUGAAAAAGAAAAUUGCUACAGAAAACUCCACCCAAACUCAGUCAAAGGAUAAAGGCUCCAACAAGAAGCCCUUGAAGAAAAAUGCUGUACAGAACUCCACCCAAGCUCAACCAGAGGAUAAGUGCCCUAAAGUCCCUCAAAGCUUGCCAAGGAAGAUGGUGGCAAUAGACUGUGAAAUGGUGGGCACGGGACCCAAGGGGCGUGUGAGUUCCUUGGCUCGCUGCAGCAUCGUGAAUUACAAUGGAGAUGUGCUUUAUGAUGAGUACAUCCGCCCCCCCUGCUAUAUCGUGGACUACCGGACCAGGUGGAGUGGCAUCCGGAAGUGCCACAUGGUUAAUGCUACCCCCUUUAAGACUGCUCGGAGUCAGAUCUUGAAGAUACUCUCAGGGAAGGUAGUGGUAGGACAUGCCAUUCACAAUGACUACAAAGCCCUACAGUACUUUCAUCCCAAGUCCCUCACUCGAGACACUUCCCAAAUACCGCUCCUCAACCGGAAGGCUGACUGCCCAGAAAAUGUCACUUUGUCACUGAAGCAUCUCACCAAGAAGCUGCUGAGUCGGGACAUCCAGACUGGACUAAGUGGACAUUCCUCGGUGGAAGAUGCCCAGGCCACAUUGGAGCUGUACAAGUUGGUUGAAGUUGAAUGGGAACAGCAUCUGGCCCAGAAUCCUCCAGAAAAUUAGCAGUCCCAGGGAGACACAUGCAGUAAACCAACCCACAGUUCUGCCAGCUUCUCACCUGUAGAAGCUGGAAUCAUUGGGGAGAGGAGCUUGACCAGAGACUUAAUACCCAUUGAAAUUUCAUCUCA